AUGGAGUUACCAGAAACUAGUGACAGUAUUCAUUUGGCUGCAUACAGACCCAGACUUCCUCUUCAAUCAGUCAAUGUGAAGACAACACCUGGAGUGUUUGAUGAGUCUGGUUACUAUCACUGCUAUGGGAGCAGUGUAGCAUCCCUUGGAUCUGAUGCUCUAACUGGCUAUGAGACUCUGGACGCCACGCCACACUAUGACUUCUACGCCAACACAGAGGUGUUUGGCCGACAGAGGCGCUGCAGGCCAUCUCUGUACCAGCUGCAUGGCAACUCUGAGGUUGAUUCCAGACCUCCCUUAUAUGAGGAGACAAUAGCUGAACACAUGAGAGGAGAAGACGACAGCUCAGAGGAAGACGAGGAAGAACAAAAGGAGCCACCACCUGAACCUACUCGCUUUGGCUGGGUACAGGGAGUCAUGAUCCGUUGCAUGUUAAACAUUUGGGGGGUGAUCUUGUACUUGAGGUUGCCUUGGAUCACUGCUCAAGCUGGUAUAGGUCUGACCUGGGUGAUUAUCCUGCUAUCCUCCUGUAUAACUGGGAUCACUGGUCUCUCAACCUCAGCCAUCUCUACCAAUGGCAAGGUCAAAGGAGGUGGGACUUACUUUCUGAUCAGUCGUAGCCUCGGUCCAGAGCUGGGUGGGUCCAUUGGUCUUAUCUUUGCUUUUGCCAAUGCUGUAGCUGUGGCCAUGCACACUGUGGGCUUUGCUGAGACUGUUACAGACCUCAUGUAUGAAAAUGGAGCUGUCAUGGUGGACCGAAUCAAUGACAUCCGCAUCAUUGGCAUUAUUACAGUCACAUGUCUACUAGGCAUCUCAUUGGCUGGCAUGGCAUGGGAGUCAAAGGCACAGGUUUUGUUCUUCCUGGUCAUCAUGGUGUCAUUUGCCAGUUACGUUGUUGGAACGAUCACUCCUGCUUCACCACAGAAACAAGCCAAGGGUUUGUUUGGCUACAAAGCUGAUAUCUUUGCUACCAAUUUUGUACCUGGCUGGCGGGGACCAGAGGGCAGUUUCUUUGGCAUGUUCUCCAUUUUCUUCCCCUCUGCCACGGGCAUUCUGGCAGGAGCUAACAUCUCAGGAGAUCUAAAGAAUCCAACAGUGGCAAUCCCCAGAGGAACAUUAAUGGCAAUAUUCUGGACCACCAUUUCUUACCUUAUCAUCUCUGCAACCAUUGGAGCUUGUGUGUUGCGGGAUGCGUCGGGCCUGUUAAAUGACACCCUGUUACCGUCCUCAACUGUCCAGGAUUGUGUUGGUUUAGCUUGUCAAUAUGGAUGGGACUUUUCUGAGUGUAUCAAUAACACAUGCACUUAUGGCAUCAGUAACUACUAUCAGUCGAUGAGUCUGGUGUCAGCUUUUGCCCCUCUCAUCACUGCUGGUAUAUUUGGAGCGACACUCUCUUCCGCUUUGGCCUGUCUGGUGUCUGCUCCCAAAGUCUUCCAGUGUCUGUGUCGGGACAAACUUUACCCUCUCAUCGGCAUCUUUGGGAAAGGUUAUGGCAAGAAUGACGAACCGCUCAGAGGCUACCUACUAACAUACAUCAUCGCUGCCUGCUUCAUUCUCAUUGCUGAAUUGAACACCAUCGCUCCCAUCAUCUCCAACUUCUUCCUCUGCUCAUACUCUCUUAUCAACUUCAGCUGCUUCCAUGCCUCAAUCACCAACUCACCAGGUUGGCGUCCGUCCUUCAGGUUCUACAGUAAGUGGCUGUCGUUGCUGGGCUCUGUGAUUUGUGUUGUUAUCAUGUUCUUGCUGACUUGGUGGGCAGCCCUCAUUGCCUUUGGCGUUGUCUUCUUCCUUUUGGGAUACACACUCUACAAGAAGCCUGCUGUAAACUGGGGCUCCUCAGUGCAGGCAAGCUCCUACAACAUCGCUCUCAGCCAGUGUGUCGGUCUCAACCACGUGGAGGACCAUGUCAAGAACUACAGACCCCAGUGUUUGGUGCUAACAGGUCCUCCCAGUAGUCGUCCAGCUCUGGUGGAUCUCGUCACCUGUUUCACAAAGGAUCUUAGUCUCAUGAUUUGUGGCAAUAUAGUCACUGAUGGUCCGUCCGCAUCAGUAGUGGAAAAGGCGAGCAGCGAAAGUCAUGUUUCCUGGUUGAACCAACGGAAGGUCAGGUCAUUCUACAGAGGUGUGGUAGCUAGAGAGCUACGAUCAGGAGUUAACAUGCUGCUACAGGGGGCAGGUUUGGGUCGUAUUAAGCCAAAUGUUUUACUGAUGGGUUUCAAGAAAGACUGCUGCAGUGAAACACCUCAGGCUGCACACAACUACAUAGGAAUACUACAUGAUGCAUUUGACCUGCAGUACGGCGUGUGCAUACUGAGAUUGACAGAGGGACUGGAUGUCUCUCAUUCAUCUCAAUCAUAUGGUGAGAGCCUGAUUUGAAAAAAAACUUGUUGCUGCAGCAAGACUAAUGUUAACAA